GAAAUAUCGCCACUAGCAAUAUUUGGUAGCAUUAACGGAGGCGAUUGUACGACAAAAAUAACGCGACAAAUACAAGUAUGUUCUAUGUUUUACCCAGAAAAACCUUCCGGAGACAGGAAAGAAGGGGCCUGCCCAUUUUGUGUGCAGUUUUCAUUGCAUUUCAUUUCAUUGCUGUCCUGGUGCGAUGUCUAUCGACUCCAGUUGGGAUGCUGAAAAAUAUCGUAAUGAGCAUGAACCUCCUGAGCAUUGGGAAUUGUGCAAGAAGUUUAUGGAAGCUCACAAAAACGACUACCCAGAAAGCAAGCUUGUCAGCUUAGCUCAGGUGUUUGCCAAUAUGGAGUUCCUGGGAUGCAGGUAUCCCCAAGAGACAAUGGAUCUGGUCAAUGAGCUGGCUGCCGGCGUCGUGGAGGACUUCCGGGAGCAACGCAAGUCCAAGAUUCAGAGGACCUUCAUCGGCGCGUCGUCCGCGGCGGAGGCCAAGGUCAAGCGAAGCAAAACUCUGCCCCCGCCGGCACACAUCAAAUGACAUGUCGCCGGUGCGAUCUCAGCAGUCAUACGCACCUGCUCGCUCGUGGCAUCGUGACCGGUGGCCGGCGUAGAUGGGAUCGCGUCAGGUGAUAAGAUCUACAGCAUGUUUGCGCCAUCGUUGUCGUACCUUUUUACGAUGCUCUACGCCAAGAUUGACCGCAUUCCGAGCGAUGACUGCGUGCAUCUGUGGAGUGAAAUGUGUAAUUUUUUAAAAUACAUAACGUCACAAUUUGA